UCCGAGUGCUGCAGCUCCGCCUCCCAUCAUCCUGUAUUUGUGUAACUCCCAUCUAUCAACCGGCUCAUUUGAUUUCUCGCCUGAAGAACGAUCGACCUGCAGUGAGAAGAAAUAGCAACAAUGUGCACAGCAGCAAAUACCUCUGUCUAUGGUGAUAUCACCAAGGUUGAUACAACUGGUGCUUCUGAAAAAACAGCAAGACAGGACAAGCUGACUGUAGAAGGUGUGGCUGCCUCUCAUAAGAUGAUGAGCAUGGACUUGGGGAGAGUGAACAACUACAAGACUUUGAUUAAGAAAGUCGCCUGUGCCAAUCAGAUAGAUCCAGCCAUAAUUGGUGCUAUCAUCUCUCGGGAAUCCCGCGGUGGCAACGCCUUAAAAAGUGGUUGGGGGGACAAUGGAAAUGCUUUUGGUCUCAUGCAGGUUGACAAAAAUUGGCACAACGUAGUUGGAGAGUGGAACAGUGAAGCGCAUCUUCAGCAGGGGACAGAGAUACUGAUAAACAUGAUUAAAGAAAUAGCAAACAAGUUUCCCAGUUGGACCAAAGAACAGCAGCUCAAAGGUGGGAUUUCAGCAUACAAUGCUGGGACAAAGAAUGUUCAAACCUAUGACAGAAUGGAUAUUGGUACCACUGGAGAUGAUUAUGCUAAUGAUGUGACUGCAAGAGCUCAAUGGCUUAAGCAAAACGGAUAUUAAUUCCUCACCAUUUUUCUUUCCAUUGAUACCAACCAAUGUGGUCUGUCUCUGACAACAUUUCUUUUAACGUUGCAGCUUAUGAAAUGUCAGAAUCUUCUUAUCCUCAUACAAUAUUGAAAAAUAAAGUCAACUAAAUUUGGAGCUGAAAGAGAUGUAAUCAUACAAAAUGCGUGGGUGAAUAAAAACAGAUAUAAAGCAUUAAA